AUGGAACUAGUUGCAGAAUACGCCCAACAUGAUCGCUACCAGCGUUCAAAAUCUCCACAGGCAUCCCAACCCCAGCUAUUGUCAUUUGCAUAUGUCGAGCAGAUGCAGAGCGGAGCGCCAGCGACGCGAACGCAAUCGCUUCGAUCUCCAAGACCUUCUUCGACACCAAGAUAUGGGAGCAAGUCACGCUUCCCAAUAUCGACGGCAAGAGUCAGUUGGAAGAAGCUUCCACCAUCGAUCCUGAAUCUCAUCCUGGAUCAUCUGAGAUAUCUCCAUCUGAGCCCCGGAUCUUCGUCAUGCUCGACAUGCUACAUGAGGGAUUUGACUUCGGUACAGCUGACGUGCAAGACAUGGUUUUCCGAUGCACAACGAAUUCUGUAUACCAACAUACAGAUCAUCGGCCAGGAUGAUAUCUCGAUGCUUCGAAAAUGGAGAGUCUCGCGGGCAGCGCGCCUGAUACGCCUGCGGUCGACGCUGCGUUCAAGACCACUUCUCGCUGCGCUGGUCAGGACACUACACGUGCCAGAUCCUCAUAUACCAAUUUAUACGGCCAGUGGCAGCCCAAACCCCGAAUAUGAUGCCUACCUCUGCACGAUAGCGUCCCUCGUCAUGGAAUGCCCCAAUCUGGAAGCCUUGACGGGAUUCGUUGCGUUCUACAAUCACACAUUUGACAGGCUGACGCACGCUCUAUCGACGCGGACGAAGCUACGCCAGCAUGUCUGGGUCAUCGCCGAGAAUGAAGAUGUCAGCGUGCGAAGUCAGACACAACUGCCGCCAGGUCUUCUGGACGCCCACCAGAUCUACCAGUUCGAGCUUUACCAUCGGCGGUGGAAUUGCCUCGAAACACUGAUGCUAUGCUCACCAGGUAGCCUUGGAGUGAUCGAGCACGAGUUAUUCAUUCGUGUCCUGCACUCCUUACCAGCUUUGCGUAACUUAUGCAUAUCUUCCUUCGACGCCGAUGAUUUUCAUGACAUGACACUACUUUCACUCCCGCCGUGGGUUACCACGCUACGGCUGGAGGAGUGCUCGGGGGUCACAGAUGCAGGGUUGAUGCAGUGGGCAGCGAGCCCGAAUGCGGCGCAGAUUGAGCGGCUGAGUCUGAUCCAUCAGAAUGUCACCAGUUUGCUGACACUGUCGAAGAUAUUUGCCAGCAUGGGUCGCCUGUGGAAGUUCACCAUCUUGCAAACUGAUGUCGUGCCAUCCUGGCCCAAGGAGGUGGGAGUCCUGUUCCAGCCAGUUCUUGCCUCGGGGUCUCUGAGAUUUCUUCAUUGGGAUAUUCUAUCCCGAUCUCCAGAAGCUCUUUCAGACCACCACAGCUAUGCUUCUGAAGCUGGACGACAUUUGCCAAACAUGCAACUUGCACUCUCAAUCUCCCACAACGGCUUCCCUUCGUUGAGGCAGCUACGCGCUCCUCGAGAUAUCUCCCCGCCUGGCGCUCUGCAAACAGUUUGCCAGAUGAUGGGUGAUGAUAACAUCCCUUUAGACGACCGCGUCUUCUAUCAUCAGCAGAGUUUAUCCAGAUCGAACUCCUUACAAGUAGCUCGUCUGCGCGCCCGGGGAAUUGCUCACCAAAUCAGCACACGGGGACUGAAUUCUGUUCUCCCGCAAGGCCUUCAAUAUUCAACCAUGCCAGCUUGGAGCCAUGAGCCAGAUCCAGCACAAAUACUCGAUGGCGAAGAGCCAGUUUCCACUUCUACUUACUGGGAGCCAGCUGCCUCCCACGCUUACAACCAAAGUAAAACCGCUCUUCCUUUUGACCAGAACACAGUCCACGAGCUGGUUUCGCCCAUUUCUCCCAGUACUUACCACUUUUCGCCACUGGCGCCGGAUGAUGGUAUCAUCUCUCCGAUUACGGCAGAGCGGGAGGAGAGACGUUGGUACAACGAGGAUCCAGACAGGGAAGGCGUGGUAGGAUCCCAACAAACCGGUGUGUUCUUUCAGAGAUUGACACAUUCGGAGUCUACCUGGCAGCAGGCUCCAAGCGACGAGGACGUGUGCACCUGUAAUGAGUGCACCUGCGAUGAUUGGGAAACUCAAAACGUCGAAGGGAGAAGUUGUGUCAUCUCGCCGCCGCCACGUAGUCCUCUCCGGGUUGCACCCCGCAUUACAAGUCUUGGUUCGUCUGCCCGUGGCUAUCCUGCAGAUGACAAUUAUCCCGAAUCACAGUUGAUGGGCUGGGGAGGGUCUCUGGUCCCGACUGGCCCAGCGAGAGCUAGCCAGUCCUACCGUCCCACCUUCUACCUCCAGCCAGACAUUGCAGGACCGGAUGAGAACGGUGGCCUGGUCGGAUGGGCCGAGCUCCUGAAUAUCCGUGAAAAAGCUAAAGUACGCACGAAUGACGCGAGCGCUGCAAGAUCCGACAGACAUGAUGUCCAACCAGCCGAAGAUGACGGCAACCAUGACGAUGACAAUGGCGAUGGCCAAGGGAGAACAGAGAAUAUGUGUACGGGCUCCUGGAACCGACACAUUGAUUCCGAAGAACGACCCGAUGAACUUGGCGCCGUCGUGAAGGUCCUAUCUGCGCCAGCGCCGUCCAUAACGAGCGCCGCCGCUGGCAGCAAGAAAGGCCGACCGAGGUCGAAAUCGAAAUCGACCUUCAAGUCAUCAUCCUCGAGACUGAGUUUGUCUCUGGGCCUUCGAGGCUCGAAGGAAAAGAUAACCAACGAGACGGCGUGGAGGCAUGUCGCACGCCACAAAGGGGACAGGGGCGGAUGUGUGACUGCCUCGGAUUUCUUCUAG